GUCGUAAAACGCGUAAAACACAACAGCUGGUGGCCAGUUUCUGGGUCAACACGCUUCAUGAAUCAUGCAUGAUUCAUGGCAACUUAGCCCAAUCAGACGGUUUUAUUAUGCACCAUAGAGAAUAUGUGGUACGUUAAAAAAUCGCCGGCGGCGAUUGCUGUGUUUGUGUUACUGCAAAGCGACUGGACAGGAGCAGGAGACUAGGCGAGUGGCGCAGCUCGUGGCUAGCUAGGCUGGCUGCGCCACUCGUGCAUGUGCUCCGGUCCAGCCGCUUUGCAGUUACACAUAAACACAGCUGCAAAGGCCUUGUUGAAAGGCUAGCGCGUGAUAUGCAUUAUGUACAUUACAUACUGCAUAAUUCAUGUUUCGCUGGACGCCCGCUAUUAUGAUCGGUGGAGCAACUGUGAUUUUUUCUACCAGACCCACAUUAUACUGUAAACCAACUACCCAGUGCCUGGACCAGAGCAGAAUGGACCAGACCAGCUUCGUUGGGUGCCUCCUGUCUGUAGACUGCGGUGACUACCUGGGCACAUUCCAGGGAGAAGUGACACUUGUCAACAAGGACCAACAGACUAUCUCCCUCAGGAGGCCCUACAGGAAUGGCGUCAAGUUUGACACCCCAGAAAUCACCAUUCGGGCUGUAGACAUAAGAGAUUUGAAAAUCCUGAAAUCCUUUGAUGAGCAUGGGACAGCCUCAGCGGAGAGACACGACUUGAGCGAAAUGUCCCAGAAUGCAACCCUUCACAAUGGAACCAGCAACGUACCCAACAACAGCACAACGAACAGCAAACACACAGUGCAGAACAGUGGCGGGCAGAGGAUGUCUCGGAAACAGGACCAUCAGCCUGGCAAUGCCAAUGGCAAGACACCAACCAAGCAGCGUGCCGAUGGGUCGGAUGGUGACAGAACAGCACUGCACCUAGGCACGUUGCACUCGGCAUUCCAGAGGGUGCAAAGGGACGAUGGGAAGGGUCAGGGGUUGGAGGAGGAGAGGGAAGCAGUGGAUUCCGAGAAGGGGAGAAAGCAGAAAUACCACUCAGGGAACUUUGAAGCCAACCAGAAAGUGCGGUCCUCACCCCGCAAAAUCGAAGGCGGUGGCGGGAAACAACGGCGCAAUGUCAGCGCCAACGCCAGGAACGAGGAGUGUUUCUCUGCUCCAGUGGAGUCAUUCCUGGCCACGGACUUUGACUUCGACAAGAGCAGGAAGUCUUUCAACAAGGCAGCCAUUUUCGAGGAGAUCCACUCAGCCAUGGGAGACAACAAGAAGAAGAUUAAGAAUAUCCCUCACGAUGAGCACAUUGUGUUCAAGAACAUCCCAGCCUUUCUUCACGACAAUGGAAGCAGACAAGUGAAGUGUUCCUCCUAUACAGCAGAAACUGGUGUGAUCAUCCCUGCAGUGUCCGUGGAUGUUGCUCAGAGCCUGUGGCAAGUGGCUGACAAGCUGGGCUUGACUACCGAGAGGAGACUGGAGGCCGGUGGGGUGAGCAUCGCCAAGAUGGUGCUACGUCUCAUUGAUGGUAAAACCAGGGUCAGUGACCGGUCGUCCAUUCUGGUCGUCUGCGGCCCCCACCUGCAGGGGGCCCAGGGCAUCAACUGCGCCCGCCACCUGGCCAAUCACUGCGUAGACGUCACGCUCUUCAUGCCCAACUUUGCCAAAAUGCCGGAGGUGCUGGUGGCCGAACUGAAAUUGUUCAAAGAGACAACUGGGAAACACGUCACCAGUAUUGGGGACUUACCCGAAGAGCCCCCUGAUCUGAUUGUCAGUGCAGUGGACAGCCCGAUGGAUACUGCCCUGCCCAAGCAGCCCUGGCUCAAGAGCAUCGUCACCUGGGUCACGGCCAACAAGGCGUCAGUUCUGUCCAUUGACCCAAGCCCCAGCCACAGUGUGCGGAGCAAGUGGUCAGUUAUCACCGCUCUCCCUCUUUCGUACGAAAACACCAACGUCGGCAUGCUGUACCUGUGCGACGUGGGCAUUCCGGCUCAAGUCUUCAGUUCCAUCGGCGUGAACUACGCAUCCCCCUUUAAGGACAAGUUCAUCGUAAGGCUUCACAAUCAUUAACUCUUGCACAAUGCUAGUGCAGAUAGUACUGUGCUAUUGUGAACCUGUUCUGUUCAGCAUUGUAAAAACUUGUUUUUUUAAUUCUAAUUUCUAUUUAUUUUAUCGGUUCCAAGAGGAUAUUUUCUACCAUAUUUUUUUAUGCGUGGAAUGUAAGAAGUGUUUGCGUUCAACCACAGUACAGAUUAAAGUUAAACUGUUAAGUUUAAAACAAUCAUUCCAUGGGAUAUGAUAGGGGGAUUAUUUGAUUGCAGAUGCUAAAAAUGGUUUUUAUCCCUAGAUUCGAACUUCAUGCAUCAAAAUUCACGGAGAUGCCCCUCACAGAAAUGGGCUGAUCACAGAAUACAAGGGUACCAACCAAAAAUGCUGUACAUUGUGUACCUCAUGAGAUACAUGUAGGUAACCUGCUGAUUUCUGCUCAGCAUGUAAAAUUUGCAGAGUUACAUUUCCAGGUCUUUGAAAUGGGGCCCAGCUGGAUCUGGGUUAUUUUGAUGGGCUCCAUCUCCAGCCAAGCUUCUAUGUGCCCCACAUACGUGUACAUACGUGUAGGACUACAAGGAAUGGUCUGUUUUCCCCCUUUUAAUUCACUGUGCAGUGUUGGCUUCAGUAGGGGAAUUAGGUUGUACAUUGUAGUUAUAUCUUUCACAAGUUGAGCCACAAGUAUCUUCUCAAGACCUGUCAUAAGUAAAAGGGUUAACAGCAACAAAAGACCAAGGCCGAAGAGCAUGGCAUUGGACAUUACCAAAUUAACAUUACCAAAUGAAUUAACAACUUCAGACUAGCACAGCUAUGGAAACAUGAAGUUUUAGGGCACAACUUCUGAAAAGGAACUUGGAUUAUUCUACAAGUACUUUCUUUUAGAAUUUAGUUUUACAAAACUCUGAUAAUAUGAAACCUUAAAUCUAAAUUGUAAUGUCGCCUUUGGGUGGUUACAAUGCAUUGCAAUGUCCACGUUCUUCAACUUUGUUCCAAGUUCAAUAUUUGGCAGUAAAUUUGGUUUUCAAAGCACUUGAUUGUCUAGGGAAGGGAGACAGUACAUGUACAUUGUAUUUUACAAUGGAAUAUGCUUUCAGUUCCAAUUCUGUGAUGGGAAUCAUAUGUGUGCAUGUCGUAUUUUCUUUAUCGAGCAAUCUUUAGUUGCACUCUAAGCAACUGUUUCACUGUUCUUAGUUACAUGUAAUUAUUUUUUUCUGCCAUGUAUAUGUAUUCCUAAAACACUGUCCUUGAAAACUAACAAGAAAUGACAAAGGAUUGUGUUUGUAACUUUGAUAUCAGUGGCUUGGAAGCUGGAAGCACCGUCGGUUUCAGCAGUAUUCUAGUCCUAAUUGUCAGAGACCAGUUCUACUGGGCUCUAACAAGAAAACGAGGAUGAGGAUUUCCCAAGAUAGCUGCCAUCUAUCUGUUUGUUCAGUGUGGCUUGUAAUUCACGGGAUGGCUGUAAUAUAACAGUGUUGGCUUUUCUUUCUUUUUCUGGUUGAAAAGUGAUGCAUCUACUCGCACAUUUGUAUAUGAAGGUUUGCAUUUCUGAAAGCUAAACAUGGCCUCCAGACACACAGUGUUUGUUUGCAUUAUUUGCAUUUGUGGGCAUUGUUAAAGUGCAUUGACUUGGUGUCUACUUAUGAAAAAAGUUCCAGCAGGUGAGCAAAUAUUACUGUUUGUUGAAAGCUGUGAAAAGCUGGUGAUUGUGAAAGAGAUGAAAAACUCGACUGAAAGAGGCCAGCACUGUGCUAAAAACUAUUCAAAACAAAGAUUUUUCAAUUGCAUUUCAAAAAAUCAUUAGAGCACUAUGUGGGCUGUCUAACUUUACAUGCGUAUAUAAUCAGGAAAAAGUGGUUGUCUUUCAUUCAUAUUUCUUUUCACAACUCAGGUCUUUAUAAAUACUUCUUUUCAAACUGUUACCCAUUUGCAGUUAUUGGUAGAUGAAGCAAGUUGAUCAAACAUGUGACCAGUGGAUGUACAUGUGUCAUUGUUUUGCACAAUGUUUAUAAAAUUUAUAUGUUGCUUUCUCACUUUCUGAAGACUAAGAAAAGUGUGAGAAGUUGAAAACAUGUUAAAAGUGUGAAAACUGUUCAAUUUUACAAGCUCACAAGGGGUUUUGCAGUUUCAUACGUUCAGUAAAGAAUGUCAAGACAUUUGAUGUAAUUUGAAGAAAAAAAGAUUUUCCACUUUUGGUUAAAAAUUUUCAAAAGUAUUUUCAGGGUUGGGGGUUCAGGCGGUUCUUGUAAAAGUGGCACGUCAUGUUUACUGUCAGUGCAUGAUAAUACAAGAAGUAUAGACACUGAAGAAAUUUUUUUCAUAACGGCAGUCGCUUUAACAAACAGCACAUUUUGAAUCUUACUUUCCGAAAUGUGGAAAGAAACUCAUUAUGUUCAGGUUUGCAGUUUGAAAUAAAAACAGUCGGGACAUUUCUGUUUUUUGUUCGUGGGACUUUUUAUUUUACAGUGACGAUGGCCUCAGUUCCUGCUGCAGUAUACUGGUUUGAAUGGUAGCAGUUGUUUUACUCAUCAAAGUUACUGCUCAUUUUAUCUUGGGUUUGUCAUAAAAAAUAUUUAUGACCAUUAAUUUAUUCUACGUGUAUUUAGGCGUUUACAUUGUGUGCUACUUUUCUCAACAAAUUCACCUCUGCUUUUCAAUAAAAAGGCAUGGGGAAUCAUAAAUUCA